AUGGCGCCACAGGCUUUGCCACAGGCCAGGGAGGGCACCUCGUGGCAGCAAGCUUUGCUUGGGUGCAGAAACCAGGCGGUGUUUCGCAAAGCCAUCAGCAGCUGUGGAGGCAGGUGGCAAGCCGCUGUCCAAGUCUUGGCGGAUGUCAUGGAACUUCGCACGACGCCCACCGUCUAUUGCUUCAGUGCCUCCAUCACAGCUUUGCAUAGAGGCUGGCGGUGGCAGGCGGCAAUCGCGACGCUCUCCGAAAUGCGAGCUUACAACGUGUCCUGGAACCAGGUCACCCUUAGCGCUGGCCUCAGCGCCUGCAAGACAGAAAACUGGCAGCUGGCGUUGAGUCUCUUUUCGCAAAUGGUCUCUGGCCGGAUCUCGCCAAAUGCUAUCAGCUUCAGUGCUGCCAUCAGUGCCUGUGAAAGUUCAGGCAAUUGGCAGAUGGUGUUGGGGUUGUUGUCCCAGAUGUCCAUCGAUCAAGUACCGACGGAUGUGGUCAGCUGCGGCGCUGCAAUCAGUGCUUGCGGAAAAGGCAGCGACUGGAAGACGGCCUUACUGUUGUUGUCCCAAGUGCUUGUACAAAGGCUUCAGACGGACUUGAUCAGCUUUAACGCUGCCAUCAGUGCCUGCGAAAAAAGUGGCAAAUGGCAAACAGCAUUGCUGUUGCUCUGGCAGAUGCCGGUCAUCAGACUUUCUGCAGACGUGAUCAGCUGCAAUGCGACCAUCAGCACGUGCGAAAAGAGAGGCGAAUGGCAGUUGGCUUUGUACCUGCUGUGGUCAAUGCCAGAAGCCAGGCUGGUGGCAAAUACGAUCAGCUAUAGUGCUGCUAUCAGUGCUUGCGAGAAGGGUGGCAGCUGGCAGGUAGCAGUUCGUUUGUUGUCCUGUAUGCUCGGGGCUCGAAUUCCGACGAGUGUGAUUGGCUUCAAUGCGGCCAUCAGUGCUUGCGAAAAACGCGGCAUUUGGCAGAUGGCUCUGCAUUUGUUGUCGCAAAUGCCUGCGGAGGAAGUCUCAGCGGAUGUGAUCAGCUGCAAUGCCGUGAUCAGUGCUUGUGAGAAGGGUGGCGGUUGGCACCAGGCUUUGCUCUGCCUGUCGCAAAUGCCUGUCGUCAGAAUUUCUCCUAACGUAAUCAGCUCCAACGCUGCCAUCAGCGCUUGUGAGAAAAAUCAAGAAUGGCCAGUCGCGGUGCUCUUGCUGUCCCGCAUGCUUCUGGCUCGAUUGCCGGCAGAUGUGAUCAGCUUCAAUGCUGCCAUCGGAGCCUGCCAGAAGCGUGGGAAGUGGGAGAUGGCUGUGCUCUUGUUGUCACGCAUGUGCGGCGCGCGGGUCGUGCCCGACAUGACCAGCUUUGCUGCGGCCAUCUGCGCAUGUGAGGAGAGUGGAAAUUGGCAAGCUGCUUCCGUCUUGAUUCUCACAGUGGCAGCAGGCCGUGAUCAGAGUUCUGCUCUACACAGUGUGUGGCGCAACUCUGUUUACAUUGAAAAGGAGAGGGCGGUGUUCCGGAGUCCGCCAGACCCCUCCGAAGAGCAGUGCUUUGAGAAGCGGAACCGUGCGAGAGCACGAGGCAUUCCAGGCCACACCGUGGUUGCCUUGAGCUACAGAGGCCGACGUGACGAGCUGUCCAGAAAGGGCAGACUGUGCUGGUUUGGCAGAUGGAGGUACGCCAGGGCCGCUAGGGAAGAUUGA